AUUUUUGCUCUCUGUGUAAUGGGUUUUCCCUAAGGGAGGCUGUUUAUUUGGUUUAAGAGAAGUUAUAUUCAUUGAUUUCGGAGUUUUAGGAUGCCUGGAGUCGUUAUGGAGGUAAAUCAUGAAGAAGGCCCAGUGAGUGAAGUGAAUGAGAAUGGAAAUUCUACCAAUGGUAAAGAGAAUUUGGUUGCAAAUAAGUCCCUAAAUGAAGGUUUGACUACUCAAAAUCCUCAGAAUGGCAGCACAGGGAAUGUGGUUGAGGGUGAGGUUGAGACCUCUAUAGAGCAGCUUUAUGAGAAUGUGUGUGAGAUGCAAAGUUCUGAUCACUCGCCCUCUAGGGUGAGUUUUGGAUCAGAAGGUGAGGAGUCUAGGAUUGAUUCUGAGUUGCGACAUCUUGUUGGAGGAGAGAUGAGAGAAGUGGAGAUAAUGGAAGAAGAAGAAGAAGUGGUGAGGAAGCCAGAGAAUGAUGAUUCUCAUAGUGAUAUUGCUAUUAAAAAAGAAAGUUCCUCAAUUAACUUGGAAAAUUCCCAAUCUGGAAGUACCAAGACUACUUCAGCUCAAUCAAAGAAAGCAACUCAAUCGCAGUUGGAGUCUGAUGCAUCAGCAGUCUCAAGUCCCAAGGGUAAAAGUCCUCAUGGGAAGCCUCCCAAAGAUAAAAGGAAUGAAAAAAAUCUAAAGAAAGGAAUCACGGGAGGAAUCUUCUCAAAGAAACAGAGCAAUUCCCCUUCAAGGGGAUUGAAACUACAGAAUGGCAGUGAGGAUUCAUCAGAAUCAGGCUUGGACAAUCCUGAUCUUGGGCCGUUUCUACUUAAGCAAGCUAGGGAUUUGAUUUCUUCUGGAGAUAAUCCCCAGAAGGCUCUUGAUUUAGCCCUUCGAGCAGCAAAGUCAUUUGAAAGAUGUGCCGAUGGCAAGCCCAGUUUGGAUCUGGUGAUGAGUUUGCAUGUGACUGCUGCAAUAUACUGUAACUUAGGCCAGUAUAGUGAUGCCAUCCCAGUUCUGGAGCACUCAAUUGAAAUUCCGGUGAUUGAGGAAGGCCAAGAUCAUGCCCUGGCUAAAUUUGCUGGUUAUAUGCAAUUGGGAGAUACUUAUGCAAUGCUGGGCCAGCUAGAGAACUCCAUUAUGUCCUAUUCAACAGGUUUAGAAGUCCAAAGGUGCAUAUUGGGAGACUCUGACCCUAGAGUUGGUGAGACCUGCAGAUAUUUGGCUGAAGCUCAUGUCCAGGCGCUGCAAUUUGAUGAAGCUGAGAAGCUCUGUCAGAUGGCUCUAGAUCUCCAUAGAGAGAGUGGUUCUCCUGCUUCUCUUGAGGAGGCAGCAGACAGAAGGCUCAUGGGACUGAUUUGUGAAUCCAAAGGAGAUCAUGAAGCUGCUCUUGAGCAUCUUGUUUUGGCCAGCAUGUCCUUGGCAGCCAAUGGGCAGGAAGCAGAGGUGGCAUCUGUUGAUUGCAGCAUUGGGGACACAUAUUUAUCUCUAAAUCGAUAUGAUGAAGCUAUUUUUGCUUAUCAGAAAGCCCUUACAGCUCUUAAGUCUGCUAAGGGGGAAAAUAAUCCUGCUGUUGCUUCAGUUUUUGUUCGUCUGGCUGACUUGUAUAACAAGACAGGAAAAUUUAAGGAAUCAAAAUCCUAUUGUGAAAAUGCCCUUAGAAUUUUUGGGAAGCCCCCACCUGGUUUUGCUCCAGAGGAGAUUGCUAGUGGUCUGACUGACAUAUCUGCCAUCUAUGAAUCAAUGAAUGAGCUUGAGCAGGCACUUAAGUUGCUGCAGAAGGCACUGAAGAUGUAUGAUAAUGCCCCUGGUCAGCAAAAUACAAUAGCAGGAAUUGAGGCUCAGAUGGGAGUUUUGUACUACAUGUUGGGAAACUACUCAGAUUCAUACAACUCGUUCAAAAGUGCAGUGCUGAAACUCCGCGCCUGUGGAGAUAAGAAAUCAGCCUUCUUUGGUAUUGCUCUUAAUCAAAUGGGGCUUGCUUGUGUACAGCGAUAUGCAAUAAAUGAAGCUUUGGAUCUGUUUGAAGAAUCAAGAAGCAUUUUGGAACAAGAAUAUGGACCAUAUCACCCCGAUACGCUUGGUGUUUAUAGCAAUCUUGCUGGCACUUACGAUGCAGUGGGCAGGUUGGAAGAUGCAAUUAAAAUGCUGGAGUUUGUUGUUGGAAUGAGAGAGGAAAAGCUUGGGACAGCAAAUCCUGAUGUGGAUGAUGAGAAGAAGAGGCUGGCUGAGCUACUAAAAGAGGCUGGUAAGGUUCGGAACAGAAAAGCCAGGUCACUUGAGAGCCUGCUUGAUUCCAACAAUCCUACAAACAAUCUAAACAAUGAUGGCAUCAAGGUCUGAUAAGAUUGGUUGUAUAUUGAUUCACUGUUCACACAACAUAUUUAUACAAUUGAAAAAGGAAUUUGAAGGUAUAGAAGAUGGAUGUAUUUAUUAGAUUCUUGUUUUGGGGUUGGUUAAAUUGUAUACUGCUCCUGUAUGGGGGUGUGGUAUAGUGUUGAUUCAUGUUAUUUUAUUGGUGAAGGUGGUUCUGUACCAAAUGUUAAAUUUAUUUACAGCAUUUGUUUGUAACUUUAUAAUCAUUGUAUAUCUUUAUAUAUGAAAAAGGAAAGAACAGAGUGAUUGAUACUUUUAA